UUACUUUUUAUUUAAAGAUGUAGGAAUUGUAGUUUUAUCCGACCGUACCUAGGAAACAGAGUGGUGGGGAGGAAAAUAUAUUGUGCUGAAGAUAAUUUCUUGAUAUGUCUGAGGGGUAGGGACAGUUAUUUUUUGAAAGGUAGAAUCAAAUAUGGCGGCAUUGAUGCAAAGGUUUCGCCAAGCAAGCUCAUUGAUCUCCCUUCAAUAUGCUGGGCAAGUGGUAUUAUUCAAAGGCUUUUGCAAUAACAGAUCGAGCCAGGAAAAACAAAAGUUUGAUGUCAAGUUGCUAGACAUUUUGGUGUGUCCUCUAUCAAAAAAACCUCUCAGGUAUAAUGCAGAGACAAAUGAACUUAUCAGUGACGAGAUUGGAGUGGCAUUCUCCAUAGAACAAGGGAUACCAAACUUGGUACCAACUGAUGGUAAACUUCUGAACACAACCGACCCUAAAAAUGAAGAGUCAUGAAUUACAGCAUUAAUUUGACAAUCACUAUUGGAACAAUGUCAGUAAAAUUAUGAAGUUCAACUAUUUGAGUAACCUUGCAAAACUAGGAAGAUGAUGUUUUUGGGUCUGUUCUGAAUAAGGAAAUAUAUAAGAGAUAAGAUAAGAGGAGCGAAGAGAUCCUAGUUCAUCUUGCACGGGCAAAACCCUUCAUUAAACAGUAAGGUGCAGAUACUGAAAACACCAAAUUCAUAUACUAGUUAUUACUUUAUAUUUUAUUCAAUGUAUAUACAGUAGGAUACAUUACAUUCAAGGAAACAAUAAGCUACAAUAACUUUGUACAAAAAAAGUUUGACAAUUGUUACUAACCAUGAACACAAUAAAUGUCUGUGUCUUAAUAACACAAA